AUGAGAUGGCAAUGUUGUUCGCAAAUUUUAAAUACAUUUUUAGCUAUAAUUAUUCUUUGUUCCCUUAUUCAAGUUGAUGGUAAAAUUCGUCGUCGACGUCAAUAUCUUUAUAAUAACUAUGGUAAUUAUGCACUGUAUCCUGCAGCAGCAUCCUAUUAUGAAACUAAUAUUGCUGAUAUCUAUCCAAGUAAUGCUCAGCAAUACAAUCGUUUCAUUGUUGGUGGAGUAGCUUAUCAAUAUCCAACACCUGUCAAUGUCAUGAGUGGUGGGUCAUAUAACCCACAAGAAUAUAAUGCUUAUCCGAGUGGAGCUGGUGCUUAUUACUAUGCUAAUUUGAACAAUAUGCGAUUACCAACACCAGAUGGAUGGUAUUCGGCAUAUUAUUUUCAAGGAUAUCCAUUUUUACCAAUCUAUGGUAGUGCUCAGCGUCAUGCAAAUAUGUCAAUUAUUAUUAAACUAUUUUUUAUGAUUUUUACUUACGUGAUUUGUAUUCAUAUUUUGUAA